AAGAUUCCAUUACAUGAUGCUGUUGACAAAGGACAGGUUUGCCGCGUUAUUCGAUUGCUCACCUUCCACUCACCGGUGAAUGCAAUUGAUCGGAAUGGUAAUACUCCAUUGUCGCUGGCAUACACGAAAAAUCAUGCGAAGAUGGUGAAGAUAUUGCUACAAGCUGGCGCAGCCUUCCACUCGUUGGAAAGCUCAGAGCGGAGAAAACCGGAAAACCUUCGAAAGCGCCGUGCUUACGAGGUGCUUUCUAAGCACUCAAGAAUAAUCUCGAGUCAACUGCAGAGAGCUCGUAGGAAAGUAUACAGGUUACUAACAGAAGUACGAACAGCGUCGCCGUGUUUUCUCGCCCCGUUUGCGGAUGGGCCAAAUUUUACGUUUAAC